UCCAAGAUUGAUAUUUGACAUGAGUUGCACAGAACUUAAUUCGCACCACGUUUUUCUAUGGUGUGAUUAUGCCGUCUUCACAAAAUAUGAAGACAUCAAAUAUAACCCAAAGAUUUCGUUUGAGUUCUCUGUUACGUACAGCGAUGGUGUUCUCAGGAUAACAAGAAAUGAUUGCUCGAUCCAAGCUUGUGGAGUUUGUCCAAUAUAUGCCUCAGAGUAUCAUAGCUUCCUUGAACAAAAGAAAUUGAUGGGUACUCGAAAAAAGACGACGGAAAUUAUGGAAUUUGCUAGGUUCUCACUCAAGCGAGAAAAGCGUGGCCACUUUGAAACAAGUAUUAUUCCAAAGUGGUUUGCCCACCAAAGAUCGGAAACAGAGUCAUCAUGUAUAAGGAUAAGUGUUCAGUUGCUUCCGGGUGAUGAAACCAGCAGUAUAUGGUGGGGUUUCAUUUUCUGCUUUUAUAUUCCUCAAUUCUCCUUAAAGGAAAGGGAUCGAAGUCACUCAAGAUCUGCUUGCUACUGGGAGGAUAGGUUUUAUAAAGAAGGCCCAAAGGGAUGGCAUUAUUCAAUGAUAAAAUGGAACUCGGAUAAUGUUUUCCUAUGGUAUGAUCCCUUCUUUAAUGAAUCUGUGAUAGAUUUUGUUGAAAGAAAAGGCUCAAUGCCUAAAUCUGAAAUAUUCAAGCAAGUGCUUACUUUUGAAUUUGAGUUUGGGGAUUGCUUGAUCAAAGAAUGUGGAUUCCGUCUAAUGUAUGAAUCAGAAUACAAACAGUUCCUUCAAGAAAAUAAAAUGAAGUUGGAGUAAACUACAGGAAAAAAGAUGCCCCGAACUCGAAAUAUUGAUGAGACCAGCAACUCCCUUCUUCAAAGAGACGUCUUCAAUGCCUUUAACCUGAGUUCUGUGUAUGAUUGCUUACCUUAAUCAGGGACGAUUCAGAUUUCAUUCAAGGAAUUGUCAGUGAUGUUGAAAAAAAGUUGGAUCAAAUGUAUCCAAGUACAUCAAAAGAUUGCGUUGGCACUGAUGAAAUUAUUAAACCCCUUGCGGAGUUGCUGGAAAAGUACUGCAAGGUUGGAAUUCGGGACAGGGAAACCAACAAUGGCCAAGGCUGUAUUUGCCAGAUUAUCUUCUCGGAAUCAAAGUUGCUGCCUUCUUGAAAGCACAAGGGAAAAAUCAGACAAGUAUGGAUUAGAACAUGUACGCAUGACUCUUGUCUCAGAGCUACUAGUGAAAGGAUAUAAGCGUAGGAACUCAUCAAGACCUCCAGGAGAUGCAUUUGUCACCAGAGG